AUGCAGGCCAGUCGCGGUGACGCUCAAUUCACCCACAGCACUGGUCUUCUUGAAUGGCGCGUUCCAACCAACCGCGACGCGGGUACGGUCUCCGGGACUGCCACGUUGCGCUGCAGUGUUGCAGGCUACCCUGCGGUUGAUGACGAUUUUGAGGACAGUAUAGAAGAUGCCGAUGAAGACGCCAACGCCAAUCUUCUACAGGGCUACUAUGAAGCUCCGACUUCCUACAAUGACCUGGAUGCUAGUGCUCCAAGGAAGACCCGAGACCCCUCGAAGCGCAAGAAGAAAAAGAAGAAGUCCACCAAGAAAUCCUCUCGCUCCGCCGCCUUGACCGAAGAAACGGGCGAUGGCUCUGCUGAAGGCCUCGCCGAGGAACCGGUCAAAGCCAAGACACCCUCCCCCCAUCAUUCCAAACCCCAGACUCCUCAGCCUCCGACCCACCCUGCCUCCACAUCUCAACUCCCCGCCUUCUUCACGCCCUCGUCCACUCCCCGCCCGACCCCUCGCCGAACCAAAGCCCAAGCCAACGCUAACCUGAUGCCCAAUUCCGCUUCCAUCUCCUUCUCCGUCAAAGGUUGGCUGCCCUCCGGCAUCAAGGUCGACAGCCUGAACAUCGACCAACGCCGCAGUCGGGGGCUGGGUGAGAGCGUCAAGCCCUAUAAGGGAGUAAAAUACCUUUGUGUCAGCAGACGCGGUGUAGAACGCCGCUGUUGA